UGUAUGGUUUUGUACGUAGCUAAUUUGAUCCAACCAUCAGAGACUAUUUGCUCCACAUUUUCUAAUAUUCUUUUUUUUUUUUUGUUUAUUGUUAUUGGUGGUGAUCUCCAGCUACUUAUACUUAUCUGCUCUGGUUUUCUUUUCAUGUAGCCGAGGUUUUCAUGUUUCCUUUUCCAUUUUCCUUUCAACUACGUGAUCAUACCAGAAAAACUACUCUAAAUAUUGGAGAACCACCAGAAUGUUUUAUGGACUAAAGCUCGUUUGACGUUCUUCAUCUUAUAGUUUUGCUUGUCUAGUGUUUGCUUUAGGAGCCAUAUAUAAAGUGCAAAAAAAUUUAGCCAUUAAAAUGCUUGAAUGCAUUUGGAAAUUGAUACCCAAAACCAGAAGCCAGAUUGGAAUUGGUUUCUCCCUUGUGUGGCAAGCUGAAUUCGUGCAUGAAUCUGGCUGGAUCAUUCUAUCGUAUUUUUGGAGUAUCCCGAAACCUAAAUUGAUUUUAAUUCAAACCAAGGAAUAAUGGGUAAUUGGUUUCUUGAGCAGGAAAUUCAUGAUUAUCCUCAGAAGGCUGCAAGGUUGGUAAAUUCAUCGGUAACUUUUUUUAUCUAUUCUCAGUAUUGUACACAAAUUUGCUUAAGUACCGUUGAUCUGGUUCAUCUUUAUGGAUGCAAAAGGAAGAGGCCAAGGGACAAGCAUUCCAACGAUCAUGUUAUCAAGGCUUUGCCAGCUGUCAAAGGGAAAGCGGAAGAGGCUUGGGCGAACUCCUCUGCAAACAAGAGAGCAGAAGAGGUUCAAGCAAAUUUACCAGCUGAAUUCCCUAGUUUUUUUAAGAUUAUGAUCCCAUCAAUGGUUUGUGGUUGCUUUUGGAUGGCAUUACCUAAGGAAUUUUGCCAACUGCAUUUGCCAAGUCAUAAUACGACCGUAGUCUUGGUUGAUGAAGGUGGAAAAGAAUACAAAACAAAUUUUAUUGUUCAAAGGAGGGCGCUGAGUGGUGGGUGGAGGAAGUUUUCCCAAGAACAUGGUUUACUUGUUGGGGAUGCUUUAGUUUUCCUUUUGAUCAGGCCUUCCAAAUUUAAGGUGUAUAUUUUGAGAGUGAAUGGCUUAGGUGAAGUGGACGCUGCUCUUGGCCUACUCAGAUUAGAGACUCGUGCAAAGCAGACAUGUAUUAAUCAUGCAGGAAAGAAUAAUGCAGAGCCUUUUGCCCAAGAUAUUAAUCAAUACGAAGUCCACAGGAAUAGCUUGUCUUAUCCUAGUGCUGAAGAAAAUCAAUCAGACAAUGGCAGUUUUGAUAUUGGCUCCAGUGAAGUGGAAGGCAUUAGGUCAUCACCAGAAGCAAAUGCUGAAUUCAAACAAUCGAGAGAUGCCAUUGGAGCUUCCAAGAUUUCCCCCCCACAAGCUGAUUUUGUGGCUUGGGACAACACUUUGGCUGGCUUUGAGCUUUUGGGUAUGAAUGUUGGUGUUUUACGCAACAGGGCGAGCCGGCUUCUGGACCUUGCUUUUGAAUCAAAAACACAAGUGAAAUCAAGGAGGUUCAAGGAAGCCGAACCUGAGAGAGCUUAUGUAGAACAGGAAGCAAGGUCUCUUAAAUUGCAGCUUCUGGAAAAAAGGGAGGAAAUGGGCAGGCUGGAUGCUGAUAUAGAGGCAUUGAAAGUGAAUGCUAGGAGGCAUAAGCUAAUGUUUGAGGCAGUUGUUAAUGCUCCAUGCAUGGGGAUUUAGGUAGGUUUUGGAUAUGCCUGAACUUAAAUUUUUUGAACCCAAUAUUGUACGAAUUGGGAUUGGGUGAUCAAUGCAAAAUUUAAAGUGGCAGGGGAAUUGAUAAUUCUUGAA